AUGACCAGAAAAAACUAUACCUCACUGACUGAGUUCAUCCUGUUAGGAUUAACAGACUCCCUGGAGCUACAGAUCAUCCUCUUUUUGCUAUUUUUUGUGAUUUACAUACUCACAGUUCUGGGGAAUGUGGGGAUGAUCCUGCUAAUCAGGAUGGAUUCUCGACUAAACACACCCAUGUAUUUCUUCCUGGCUAACUUGUCCUUUGUGGAUGUUUGCUACUCAUCCACCAUCACCCCAAAGAUGCUGGUAGAUUUAAUGUCUGAGAAGAAAACCAUCUCCUUUGCUGGCUGCUUCUUGCAGAUGUAUUUCUUUAUUGCCCUGGCAACAACUGAAUGCAUCCUCUUUGGGUUAAUGGCCUAUGACCGCUAUGUGGCCAUAUGUAACCCACUCCUUUACUCCUUAAUCAUGUCCAGGACAGUCUGCCUUAAAAUGGCAGCUGGGGCCUUUACAGCAGGAUUGCUGAACUCCAUGGUUAACACAAGUUAUGUAAGCAGCUUACCGUUCUGUGCUUCCAAUAUCAUUCAUCACUUCUUCUGUGACAGCCCUCCUCUUUUUAAGCUCUCUUGUUCUGACACACUCCUGAAUGAAAGCAUUAUUUCCACUUUUGCUGGUGUGAAUAUGGCUGGAACUCUGCUGGUCAUCCUCACUUCCUACUCCUAUAUUCUCUUCUCCAUCUUUCGUGUGCAUUCAGGGCAGGGGAGGCGCAAAGCAUUCUCAACUUGUGCCUCCCACUUGACUGCUAUAAUUCUGUUCUAUGCAACCACCAUCUAUACUUAUCUGAGACCCAAUUCUAGCUACUCCUUGAAUCAGGACAAAGUGGCUUCCGUGUUCUACACAGUGGUGCUCCCCAUGCUGAAUCCUCUGAUCUACAGCCUCAGGAAUAGGGAAGUAAAGAAGGCUUUAUGGAGUUUGAUUAAUAGGAAAAGAAUCUUUCAUUUCUGUGAUUGCCUGGUUAAUUUUCUGAACUAA